AUGAGUGAUCAUGGACUGCACAUUCUGAAAUACAUGACGCAGACCAGACUGCAAACGCUGCACAGGGUCACACUUCCGGCCCCCACAGGGGCGGGAACGGUCAUCAAUGGCGAGCGGCCCCUGCCCAGGCAGCACCGCACGCCCGCUUCGCGCUCAGGAGAGAACACCUCGCUCCUCCUCGUGGCUUGUGACGCCGAUCAGGUUGGAAUCUCCAAAGAAGAGGCACUGGAAGCAUUACAAGUUGUGAGGCAGGAAUGUCAUGGGGAUGCAGCAAAGGGUGCUGGGGGGUCAGGCACCACCAGGAAGUGCACAGCACUGGAACUGCUGGAAGAAGAGCAAGCCCAGGGCUUCAUCAUCACCUUCUGCUCAGCACUAGACAAUGUUCUGGGAGGUGGUGUGCAGCUAACAAAAAUCACUGAGAUCUGUGGAGCACCUGGAGUUGGGAAAACACAGCUAUGCAUGCAGUUGGCAGUAGAUGUACAGAUCCCGGAAUGCUUUGGGGGUGUAGCUGGAGAAGCUGUGUUCAUUGAUACUGAAGGAAGUUUUAUGGUAGACAGAGUAGUGGAUAUUGCCACUGCCUGUGUGCAGCACUGCCAGCUCAUUGCUGAGGCUCAUCAGGAAGAAGAUGAUCUAAAAGCUUUGGAGACUUUCUCUCUUGAGAAUAUCCUUUCUCACAUAUAUUACUUCCGUUGCCGUGACUAUGUAGAGCUUCUUGCUCAGGUCUAUCUCCUCCCAGACUUUCUUUCAGAGCAUUCAAAGGUCCGACUGGUGGUAGUGGAUGGAAUCGCGUUUCCCUUUCGCCAUGACUUUGAGGACCUCUCGCUCCGGACCAGGCUGUUGAACGGUCUGGCACAACAGCUGAUCAUCAUUGCCAAUGAUCACAAAGCAGCGGUAGUUCUGACAAAUCAAAUGACAACAAGGAUUGGACAAACCCAGUCCACAUUGGUACCUGCUUUAGGGGAAAGCUGGGGACAUGCUGCUACUGUCCGUUUAAUCUUUCACUGGGACAACACCCAGAGGUUGGCAACGUUGUACAAAUCACCGAGUCAGAAGGAGUCAACCAUCCCAUAUUGCAUAACACCUCAUGGUUUCCGAGAUGUGCAGCCUCCAGCUCUCCCUCCCAAGGCAGAAGACACCAGCAGGAACCCUCGCAAGCGGCCGCGGAGAGAAGAGGACAAGUAA